CACGAGCCUCAUUCACUAGAAGAUGGCGGACUGCGCUCCACUGUUGGAUGAGGAACUCUCUUCGUUUGUCUUCAAUUACCUGACUGAAAACUCCGGCAGCCAGUAUGGGGAGGAGGAGGUGUGUUCGGACCGCCUGGACUCAGACUUCCCUGACAUAGAUCUGUCUCAGUUGGACCCCAGUGACUUCGACAGCGUGAACUGUCUGAGCGAGCUCCAGUGGUGCAGUGACCAGGAAGCCCACGCCUCCCCAGCCUCCAUCCACUGCAGCUCCGCCGACCAGCUCUUCCAGAUCGAGGAGGAGAAUGCUGCGCUCCUGGCCGCCCUCACAGACUCCCUGGAUGGGAUGGUGGAUGCAGAGGUAGGGGGCCUCUCCGUGUUUCCGGGUCUGGAGGAGGAACCAGAUUCGGACCAGGACAGUCUGCCUCUGAACCAGGACUUCAACCAGACCCUGGACUCAGAAGACCCCUCCCUGCUGAAGAAACUCCUGCUGACUCCUCCCAACGUGCCCACAGGGGUUGACACAAACAAAGAUGGCAUCCACAGUCAUCGCUAUAGCAACAGGAGCCAGCGACUGGUCAAGCCUCUGGUCAAGAUCGACCUCCCUCUGGAGCGUAAACCCCGAGUGGUCCGCCCCUCCGGCCGCCUCUGCACCGAGCUCCACCGCCACCUCACCACCUCUGGCCACCGCGGCAACCAGGACACCGCCGCGCCCGUGUCCGAGGACGACGAGGAGGAGGAAGAGGAGGAGGAGAGCGAGUCCGAGGAGGAAGAGGAGGACGACUCUUCCAGCAGCGAGAUCGACGCAGCCAGCGCGGAGCCCCAGCCCCAGGUCGACCCGCCGAAACCGCAGUUCAGCUCGGAGAAGGAGCUGCAGUCCGUGGUGGAUCUCAUCACGUACAUGCACACGUACUGUCUCCCUUCACGUAAACAGCACGGCGGGUGGGAGCGCAGAGACAGAGACGCUCAAAAGAACCGAUCUCGCGCCCAGACCUCCACCCAAACGAACUCUCACACGCGCGUUGUGCUUGUGGCUACGCCCGGGACUAGCCUGUCGACGGGGCACGCGAGCGGGACUGCUAAUGCUAACGCGAACCCCAAGAGGAUCCCGUUUGCGCGGCGACGGGAGGUCAAAGCCAACUCACUUUUACGAGAGCUCUUGCAGCAAACUAGCUCCUACGAUGUGAGCAAGCCUUACAGACUGCACAGCCCGCCCUACGUCCAAUCUUCCAGCCCAAACAGGGGGGCCAGCGCUACAACUACCCAGGCUAAAACAGCGCCGAGCUCCAGUUCGACCGCCGCCCCCAAAGCUGACAGUUCCUCCCCGGACAGGAGUAGCUCUUCCACGGAUAUAUCCCAGGACGUCGUUCUGGAGGACAGUGGAUCGUUCUCGGUGCGGAGGUCCCGGCGUUUGGCUUCUUUUCCGAGUCGUUUCGCCAAAAGACAUCGUCCCGCCCGGCCAAUCGCGGUGGAGAAGAGGGAGGACAGAAGCGAGGGGAAGUUAACGGUGAAGCUGACGCAAGCUCCAGAGACUUCAGCGGCGGAGACGGUGCUCACGGCGACGGACAGCAGCACCAUGGCGACGGAGCCGACCAAACCGUGCUGCCACAGUGAGAAGCGAGCUUGCCUCUGUCUGCCUCUGAACCCCAAGUCCACAGGAGAGUCUCAGUACAGCACCAAGCCCUUUGAGCCGACUCUCAGCGUGGACCUGUGUGGAACAGCAGGCUUGACUCCUCCCACCACACCUCCGCACAAAUCCGUGGAGGACGAGCUCUUCAAACCCACGGACAGCAACAAAACCACCACCACGGGAACAGGAAGUGAGGGCGGCGGAGGGGGCGGGGACUCCAUAAACCCCGCCUCCAACUCCAGCAGCAACAACAACAACAACUCCUCCCCCUCCACGGCCGUCCCCAAACCGUCGUCCUGGCUGCGCGGCGCCCCCAACAGGAAGCAGCCCGAACAGACGGAGCUGUACGCGCAGCUGCGGAGGAUGGGGCAGGUCGGAGAAGAGACGCAGAGGAGCUUCGGGGACCACGAUUACUGCGCGCUGAGUCUGGGAGAGAGCCGGAAACGCAGCGCCGCCAUUUUAGGGGCCAUGCUACAGGCGCAGACGGGGAAAGAGGAGGCCAUGAGCACGACUGAGUCUGCGGACGAGGAGGCGUCGGCGGAGACCAAGGCCCAGGAGGAGGACAUCAGCGCGGACGAGGAGCCCAGAUCGGAGCCUCAGAAUCAGGACGAGUGCGUGGAAGCCUCCCCUUCUCCUGCUUCAGAAUGUCAGUCCUCCACUCCCCCAGCGUCCGAGGAGGAGACCGAGCGCUCAGAGCCCAGGUCCCCGUCUCCACCGCUGCACGUCUGCCCAGACUCUCCAGCCAGCAAAACUGACUCCAGUGAGAACUCUGAGGUCUGCGUGGAUGAAGCGGAGAGGAAGGAGUCCGUGUCUGAUGAGGACAACUGCCAGGUGUUCUACAUCCACAACCUCCCGAGCAGCGUCACCCAAAACAUGCUGCGCAAACGAUUCCAGGUUUUUGGGAAGGCCGAGGACUGCAAAGUCAUCAUCUGCAACGAUAGGGAGAGGUGUGGUGUCAUUAAGAUCCGUCAGAGCGGAGGUCAGAGGCAUCGGAGAGAAACCGUGUUCAACAGCGCCCCUGCAGGUCUGAGGAGGCUCACCAGGAAGCGCUACAUCGACCUCGACGAGGCCGGCCCUGGUCCAGUGAAGAGCAAGUACGACGCGUUGGAUUUCGACACUCUGCUCAAAGAAGCCCAGAAGUCCCUGCACCGCUGACAGUACAGCGCCCCCGCCUGGCCAGCCUUAGUAAAACUGCAGCAGCCUCCUCCAAAAACAGAAAGCGUCUUUCCUGAAAACCACGGGGACUCCUGACUCCUCCAUGCAAGGCGACCUCGCUAAUGUUUACAUUUUUACCAUUGGAAGUAAAAACGGACCUUGUGUUUUGUUUUUGUUUUAGUUUUUUGUUGCUUUUAGUUCUUUCUUUCACCGGAGGAUACUGCUUAUAAUUGAGGAAGCCACUCGGAGCCCAAAAGGAAGACGAAGAGGAGGAAAGAGAGGAGCUUGACUUUUUUAAACACAGCAAUGGUACAAACUGCUGAAGAUUCAAUAACAGAAAGCUGCUUCCUGUGUAUUCUGGUGUUGUUUAGCUGCGUCUUUUGGGUAAAUUUUGGGCGCGAGAGACUUACGUAGCGGAUCCUUUGCUAGCCCUGCGUCGCGUUGGUCUUCGUGAUGUGUGUUAAAAGCGUGUGCGUGUCCUAUGUUUUCUUCGUUUUGUAUAAAAAAUUAAUAAUUAAGGAGAGCUAUUCUGGUCAAAAACGCGGCGGGAAACUCCUCUUCCCGCCAUGAAGUCCGGUCAGUCGUGCGGUUGUGUAAUCGGAAAAAAACAUGUAAAAACUCAAGCUUUGUUUUAGCAAAAAAUCGUGUAUGUGAUCAGUUUUAAAAAUCUGUCGUGUGUGUGUUAUGGACAAAUAAUAUAACAGCAUAACAUUUAAUCAUCUGACUGAUAAAAGUUUACAAAUUGAAAAUGAAGUUGAAAAAAAAUCAUGUUAUUAUUUUGUUUGUAAUUGUAGUGCUUCCUUAAUUUAAUCUAUGCACUGUACGGAGCGAAAAGUCUCCGCUGUCCUCCACUCUCCCCCUUUUUCACGUGUAAUCCGCCAUGUUGAUUUUCAGUACUGAGGCGUGCGCUACCGGCUGCUUGAUUUCUUGGUUUUAUGGUUUUAUGGUUCGUCAAAAACCCUUUGUUUAUGUGGAAAAUAUGUUCCUAACCUGUUCAAAUUCUUGCCAAUUAACUUAUGAUAGCACUUUAAAAUUUGAUAAUAUAUUAAAAUUAUCUAUUUGGUAGUUACUGUAUUGUUUCACAUGGACGCUUAGCAUUGUUAGCCAUUAGCAUCUUAGCUUGAUACGAGAUUAUUUGUGAUGCUAGCAAACGUCCUAAAAACUGUCCCAUUUUUGAUUAAAGUAUUACUAAAAGUUAUAAAGCACUAAACUAAUUUACCUAAUCAGCUUUUAGAUCAAAUUUCUGAGUUUGCGCCUUUGUUUUGAGCAAUAGUGUUUUUGUGAUGCUAAUUUAAACUAGCUAAUCAUUAAUAGGGAUGUAACAAUAACCCAAAUAUCGUGAUAUCGUAUCGUCAAAACAUCGUGGGCCGUCACAGUAUAUCGAAUUGAAAGGCUUUUCGCUUAAAAGUAUUAAAAAAGAGGGAACUGCAUACUUUACGUCUUUUACUACAUAAUAAAAUAAUUGUUUUUAAGCACUUUUAAAUCUUUGUAAGUAAUGAUUCACUCUGAAGACUUGUCAAGGUUUUUAAAAAAGGAAAAAUUGGAGUAUGUACAAUAAAUAUCGCAGUAAUUAUCGUACCGUGAGAUUUGGAUAUUGUUACAUCCAUGAUCUUUAAAUUAAAAAUAAACAUUUCCUCUAACUAUUCAUUAUAAUUGAAGUGGAUAAUAAUGAUGUGAACCUGGACUGAAUGGUUAGAAAACUGAGCCUCUUCACUCGCAGCUAUUUUGAUCGUGAGAAACUAUAAAGUGGUCACCGUAUUGGGUUUCGCAAGAGAAAUGACAAAGUUAAUAGACAUUUUUUCCACAUUUACAUGAGUUUUAAGUACUUUGGGUCCCACUCGUCCACAAUGACUCCACAGUGAAUGCAAUGAAACCCUUACUGUUUACAUUCGGAUAGAAGCAAGCAGGACCAAAAUGGGGAAACGCAAUACUGGCUUUAACCGCCCUCACGCCAUUUUCAGUCAGAUCUCACCAUAAAUAAACCGGAAUUAUCAGAGGCUAUGUUAACGCUAUUGCAUUUUUAAUCAGACACUGUGAUUGUGAUAAUAUAGCGGAUUGAAACUUGAAAACUCGCAAAAAUUUCUUAACAUUUUGGAUCAAAUUGUUGUGGUCUUCCCUGAUUAAUUUUUUUUUUUUUUAAACAAAUUUCACAAGACUGUUUCAAAAUACUAAAAUAUUGUAAAACAUUGAACAAAACUGAAGAAGUGCUACAUAAAUUGGUGUAUAUUCCGUAACUUUUCUGGUGGAGGGUCCGUCCGAGAUCUUAUUGCUUUGUCUGGAAUGUUUCGCAGUAUGGCAUUAAACCUUUCUAUCUUCUCGGAGACCAAACUAGACCAACUUACAGGUCAACUCUGUGGAGAGACGAUCCCGCUAACAGUCAGAAUGCCUGUUUUUGGAGGUAUCUUUGAGCUACAAAACUACCUAAUCGUAAUCAAACAGAUAUAAAGUAGAGAUGUUUAAUGUCAUACUGUGGAACAUUCCAGGCAGAGCAAUGACGUCUCCAUAGAACCGAACAGUUGACGGACCCCUCCAACCAAAAAGUUACAUAGGCUACAUUCAGACUGCAGCCUGAAGUGACCCAAAUACGAUUUUUUGGCCCCUAUGUGACCUCUAUCUGAUCUUUUAAUGACAGUCUGAACGACACAGAUCCGAUUUUUUCAAAUGUGACCCAGGCCACUUCGAUAUGUGGUCCUGAAACCGAUACAUAUCCGAUCUUUUGACAUGCGACUUCAGUGUGAACGGCCAAAGCGCAUUCAUCCGACCUACACGUUAUCAACAAGCCACAAACGUUACUAUUCUGCGCUGAAGUAGGCGAAAAUUGUGUCACUGAAGUGAAGCACAUCACCACUCACCACUCUUGGCUACGUCUCCACAUCCACACGUUCCUUUCUACGGACGUCGCUGCCACUGUCCCACAAAACACCACGUCCAAAAACCUCAUCCUUCUCUUUCUCAAUCUCCUCCUUACAACAAGUAAGCUGUUCAUGUUCUGGCUCCGGUACGAGAGGAACUUUAAAAUCUCCAGGUGCUCAAUGCUCAUGUCCAUGUUUGGACAACUUCCAUAAACACGGAGCACGCUCGCUGAGGUUGACGUCGUCAUGUCCUCCAGUGUGCAUGCGGGACACUUUUGGGCUGUUUACUGUUCACACUGGAGAUCACAUACAAGUCACAUUUAAUUGGAAAUGUGAACGACCUCGCAAAAACAUCGGAUUUCACAAAAAAAUCCGAAUUGAGCGUUAAGCCCUGCAGUCUGAAUGUAGCCAUAGAGCACCUUUACCUUCCCUUUUUGGAGUGACGCAAAUUAAUUCAAGUUGUUCUAUGCACUUGUGUUAACAUAGCUGGUAAUACAACUGUACAAUAUAUGAACAGCCAAUUAUAAGCUAUUACAAUGGUUCAAAAGUACCAGGAAAGGCCAAUUGAGUUUACUCUUAAAAGAAUGUACCGUUUUUGAAUGUAAUCGUGUUGCGUUCCCCAUUUUCUGCUCGCCCAAAGAUUGUUAAAGUAAAAGUAAACGCAGCCCGUAGCGUACGCCUCAAACAGCAGAGUGAUAGAGAGCUUUUCAGCCUGCCAAUUUAAGGUGGAUUUCAUUUAAACCACCUUAAAACUGAACUGCAGCCAGGGAACGGUGCUUAGAAUUUAAAAAAACCCAGCACGAUUUCUUUAUUGUGUCUGGGAGGUACUGUAUCAGCUGAGCAUCUCUACCUCAUAGCAAAACAUCACCCCUGCUCUCUAUUCUCUGUACAACAACGCAGUUAAUGGUCAUUUUUCUACAUACAAACAUCAUAGGAAUGGGAAAUUUUCACACCAAGAUUUCAAAAAUGUGUAAAAAAAAACUCUGUGUUUCGUCUUUGUCUUGUGGUUGACACUACUGAAGUUUUGCGGGUUGGUUGGGAGCAGAUGAGCAAACGUUUCGGUAACCGGCCUGGGCCUUAAAUGCACUGGGAGGCAAUGAUUGGUCUGAAAAUCUGUUGCCGUGACACCCUCGUUUUUCUUGCUUUCGUUAAGGACUCUUUGGACCAGUUGACCGAAUCUAACUGCUCAUCUGCUCCUGUUUCAAGAAACCAGUCUGGCAUUUCGCUGUGACCGUACUAUUGCAAUGCCAUUUUGAAACUCAACGUAACGGCAAAACUCAGAUCUAUUAAGCUGAAAUAUGUUUGGAAAUGUUCUGCUGUUAAGACUUUUCAGGUAGUAAACCAUUGACGAAAUUGGUCAUCUUUGACAACUACGCAAACCUUAAAAAUGACAAAAAUCGAAAGUGAUGGACUCUGAGUUUCAGUUGUGAUACUUAGAAAUUAAAUUGCAAUAGUAUUUUCAUAGCUUAAGGGUUUGGGACUACAUGGCUUAGUCUAAAAAAACCCAAAACACCCUUCUGAUUUUCUACCCUUUCUUCUCUCUCUCCGUCUCUCUCUCUUUCUCUAUCUCUCUAUCUAAUCAACACACAAACAAUUGAAUGUUUACAUCACUUGAUUCUCCUUUGACUUUUAUUAGGAACGCACACUAAGUACAAAGGCGCCUUAUUCAGUGUUUUGAACAAAAUAUAUAUAUUUAACAGCAAGCUGAGUGGCGUGGAGGAUAGCAAAUUCUCCAUGUAUUUUUCGCUGAUGUCCAAAACUACCACUUUAGUGCUAUACAUACAAAUGGAGACAUCGUGGAUCUGUGAACAACUGAAUUUCUGAGUUUUUGUGCUUGGUAUGUAUACUACUAAAACGUGAGAGAAUGUGCUGGUUUACAUAUUAAAAGAGAAAAUAUAAUAUAUAGAUAUAUUAUAAUGUGUAUAUAGCACUAUGCCUCGUUGUAAACAUAAAGUAUAUUGUGUGUGUUUUAAAUGGUGGCGGGUCACAGUGGAUUGCUAAUCAGACAGCAGAUGGUCUGGCUUUAGUUCAAAUGUUCAGUUUUGUGUGGAAGCUGGUUCGGGCCAUAUUGGGUGGAAAGAUUUCGUUUGUCACAGCGUUGAAAACUAAAGUCUUCGCGGAAACUUUGUCAAAACAUAUGGGUUACACCGAAGUCCAUAUGUUGCAAUUUAAUAUUAUUUUUUUUUACAUGUUCUUGUGUUGUCAAGUUAUAUAAUAUCAACAAAUGAUGAAGAAAUUAUAGUAGAAAAUCUGAUACAACCCAAUACUAAAAUGAAUAUUAUUGAAAUGUGAUACUUAUUUGAGCAGGUUUCGAUACUGCAUUACAUUAACAAGACAAAAUUUUAGCGUUUCUGAACAGCUGAAGUGUUUUUUUGAGCUUUAUCUGAACAAAUUUAAGACCUCGUGUUAAGAUAGUGUGUGAAAAAGACAUUCUUUUACUGGUAUUGUUAUUGGAAUCAAGUAUAAACUCAACUCCUUAGUAUAAAAAUGGAGUUUGAAAUGUUUGUAUCCAGACAACACUUUUAUCGUACAAUUAUUUGACAAUGCAAAGUUGUAAAGUUGCAAGCGAUUACUACGACUAUGACUAAUCUGGAACUGCCAACAUACAACAUCUAACUUGUCAAUUAAAACUGAAGUACUAGCUAAAAGUAAACAAAUGGUUAGACUUUUGAGAAAAGCAACAUCGUUAUUCAUUUUGUGACUUACCAGAUCUACCGCUCCAAUGUGGCGUGAAGUGAACCAACUGCCAUCAUUUCAGGGAGGAAAUCGAAGGGAAAUGACUUCACUUCAGAGUCCAACACUGUCGUAAUCAAAAGACAAAAAAAAAAAAGAGCUAUCCCUUUAGACUAUCACUAGAAAGGUGUUUGUUUUGCUGUUGUAAGAAAAUUAUUUUUGGAUAUUUUUUCUGUCUUCUUGAAAAGCAAUUUAAGAUGCAAUACGUAAUAAUAAUAAUAAUAAUAAUAAUAACAAGAAUCUUAUCUUUAAAACAAGCCUUUAUUUUCCGAGGUAAGGUGGAGUCAGGGUGGGGCACUUUUUCAGUACUGUACGUUGUAGACUGCUUUUAAACACAAAAAUACAAAAAAAUUAUUACAGGAAUGCGGUCAAGCUUAACACUUAACACCUUCAGAUAAUAAAUCGUACUAAUAUACUCUUGCACAUAGAUCCUACGUAGAGGAAAGCGCUUUCUCAAUUGAAAGCUACCGUAACUAUCCACAGUUUUAAAUGGUGCACAGCUUUGUUUGGGACUAUUUUUCAGAAACAAGAUACAUGUACGGCAACAGAAUGUGGAGAGGGAAGUGAGAGGUUCGACCCGGUAAAUGGUUGUCAGAUAACUUCGUGUUAAAACGCUGCACACGCCGUAGAAAGCCCUGGUUUCACUGCUGCUUCACAAUACAGAGGUCACUGCAUAGGACUAAGCCACACAGCGCUAACAGGUUAAACAGAGAGAUUAUUCUAGAUGCAAAAGAGCAAUGGCCCCUAAUGUGCUACUUGGCAAUAGGUAAUUCUGUGGAGUACUCUUCUUCCAUCUUCUUUCUCAUCAAAUACAAAACAAAGCCAUAGUUAAACAAGCCAUUUCAUGUUUCUCACCGUUUUCAAAAUGGCUGCUAAACAUGACGUCAUCACUAAACAGAGCUACAAUAUAAAACUUUACAGAUUAUUUUUUACCAAGCAAGUUACGGGUAGGCGGCAUUUCAAUGUUCAUGGCAUAUUUCAUGUAAUUUUUUUAAAGCUAUGGAGGAUUACCAUAGUUAAAGAUCAUUUAGCGGCGGUAGCCAGUACCAGGCUAAUCGUGUUGCUAAAUGUUUCCAUUCCCAAAGAUAUAGCAAUAAGCUAGAAACCAUUUAAGUUCGUCAUUAGUUUUGUGUAAACUAAAGCCAUAAAAAUACUUGUUUGUUUAGUACAUUUACAAAAGAUAAAUAAUUAUCAUAUAUUUCGCCGUCGGUCUCGUAGUCAUGCACGUGUUCAAAUUUUCAUGUUUCAAGCUACUUUUCCGCCAAAGAAAAUUAGCAUUUGUCGAGCAGUAAAAUGCGAUUUUCUUGUACUCAGUAGACUGUCAGGGUCUGGGCCGAGGUACAGAGUGUAGAUGUACUGACCUGCGUAGAUAGCCAUAUCCUUUUUGUACUGAUGUCCUAAAUGUACUGUUUUUAUUGUUAGUAGUGUGUACAGUUUUGCUAAGCUAACGCAUGCUGAUGUCGCGGCUAAGCUAGUUCCUGUGUGGUCUGUCGCUGUGUAACCCUGUGCAAAUUGUAUUAUUCAGAGUUUUUUUAGGGCGAUAUCGUGUGAGUGUGUGCGUCUCUGGGCUUUCUAUGGCGUCUGCUCUCUCUGCCGAGGUAAACAACAACAUGGCAAGCCUUAAACACUUUGGGGACAACGAAGCUACCACUAGCUUUCACUAUAACUGUCUCAACUCUUUCCAAUCCAAUGUGGUUUAUUCUUGAAUAAUUACAGACGUAAUUACUUUUUCAAUAGCCAUAUUAUAAAAGCUAUAUACAUAUAUAUGAAUAUAUAUUUGUGUGUUUGUGUAGAUAUCUAGAUUAUUAUAUACUUUCUUAUAGAAAACGUUGGUGUUGACCAUUCUCCUCAGUGUUUGAGAACACAUUUCAACAUUAUACUAUAUACAGUUGUCACUUGGUCUAGGUCCUAGGUCAGUGGAUGACAAAUCCAAAAAAUGUACAAAAAAAUCCUUCCAAAGGGAAACCCCAUGUCAGAAUGCAAUACUUUUAUUUCCACUUCUUUCAGAGUGAUGGUGAUAAACCCUAAGAGGCAAGUUGACCAAAAAGAAAAAAAAAAAAAAAAAACUUCAAUAAUAUAUAAACGUCUGGCUCAUGUCGGCUUUGAGCAAUGUUUUUGACAGCCACGGUUUGAGUUUUGUGUGUUUCCGUUUCUCACCAACGAUUUUAUUCAUUUUUCAAAAAACAAUGUAUCUGUGCGCUCUGUCCGGGUCGGCCGCCGCACAGUAAACUCCUCACUGUAACAUCUGUAAAGACACGUGUGGCUCACCCGGGCGGGUGCAGUGAUGUCAAUAGGCACUUACACACGUAGGGACUGCAUAUUCUGCUAAAUGUGAGUCUGUUCUCGGUGAUGACAAUAUUUCGCAAAAGGGCAUACAUUGUUUUUAUUAUUGUUUGUCAUUAUUAUAAUAUUACUAUUGAUUUGUCUAUUUACAACUAAUGACUAUCAGAUUUCACGAAUGAUUUUUUAAACUUAGAUUUUGGUAAAAACAAAGGUAAAUACUACUAGUGAGAUUUUAUAUUUUUACAUAUGUUGGUUUUAUUGUGUUCCUUUUUUAUUUAUGCGACACUUAGUUUGGAUGUCUUUAAAUGGUGUUUUAUUUUCCGUUUUGUGUGAUUUCAUAUAUGUCUUGAGAAUGUGGAGACAAAGGCAUUUCAGUAUUUUUGAAUUGUUAAAAUCUAGUUUCAUAGAAGUAUGGAAGUACCUGAUGUUAUAAAUUAUAUUUUAAUUCAUGUAAAUAGUUUAAAACAGAAGACUAUGGCUUCCUUUUAAACUGAUACAUUUCUCUUCAGAGAUCGUUUACAUUCUGAAACUGUAGAGAUGUGCUCCUCUCAUAUACUGUAUAAAAGUACAUAUAUUCAUUGAUUUGCCUCCAAGAAAUAAAAUCCUAAUGAACAGCA